AUGACCGUGUAAGAGGUGACCAAAGCCAGGAAACAGGGCACAGCUGGGCAGUGACAGAGUCACAGAGGUCGUGAAGAAGAUUCUUUGGUAAUUGUGCAAACAUAAGCCAGAUUCGUGACCUUUCUGUUCUUCGGGACACCAGGGUCAGAAUCAUCUUCCCUCAUGGAUGGCCUGUGGAAUGAAGAUUGUUAAAGCUACUGCUGAGCCCAUGUUGACUACAGGCUUUCCUUGAUUUCCGGUAGGGUAUUGGAAGCCAGUACAAACCAACUUCAGCACACAACUGAUGCCAAAUCAGUCUGAGGAGAACAAGUCACGCCACGUGCAAUUCCAGAUGGGGACAUCUUCACCUGCGUGGUCCAAGGAGCCUAGCAGAACUGCCACACCCCCACAAAGUCAAGAGCAAAUAUCCAAGGAGCACUCCAACAAUUUGAAACCAUCCUCUUUCUCCAUGCCAUAAGAAGAACGGGAUCAUCCAAGACAUCAAAUGAUGUCUCUCUUAGUGCUUCUGCAGGCAAUCCCUGCCUCUCCAAGAGAUUCUACCUUACGCCACCUCAAAUCAAAACCACUGUCUUCUGCUGACUCUGCCUGGAAAAGGAGCUUCUCCCUCAGACCCACCACUGCAGCCCCCCUGUUCCCAUGCAGGCCAGCCAGAACACCCAGAGCCACACAGAGAGAGCCAUAGAAAGUACCAUCCAUCCUUCCUGAAAGAAAUUAUUCUUCCUUCUGAAAAUCAGACCCUGGUCAUGAGAUGAAACCAUUCUCUCACCACCUCCUGUGGAUACUUCCCUUGUCUGACUCCACCACUCAUCCCGACAUACUACAGAAAGACAUGAGAGAGACCAAAAACACAUCCCUGGACACCGUCGUGACAGGCUUCAUUCUCCUGGGCUUACCUCACCCCCCCAGUCUGAGGACCCUCCUCUUCCUGGUCUUCUUCAUCAUUUACAUCCUGACUCAACUGGGGAACCUGCUCAUUCUGCUCACCGUGUGGGCUGACCCAAAGCUCCACGCUCGCCCCAUGUACAUUCUUCUGGGCGUGCUCUCAUUCCUGGACAUGUGGCUCUCCUCAGUCAUUGUCCCUCGGCUAAUAUUGGAUUUUACUCCUGCCAGCAAGGCAAUGCCCUUUGGUGGCUGUGUGGCUCAACUGUAUUUCUUUCACUUCCUGGGCAGCACCCAGUGUUUCCUCUACACCUUGAUGGCCUACGACAGGUACCUGGCAAUAUGCCAGCCCCUGCACUACCCCGUGCUCAUGAAUGGGAGGUUAUGCACCAUCCUCGUGGCUGGGGCUUGGGUGGCCGGCUCCAUCCAUGGGUCUGUCCAGGCCACCCUGACCUUCCGUCUGCCAUACUGUGGGCCCAACCAAGUGGAUUAUUUUUUCUGUGACAUCCCUGCAGUAUUGAGGCUGGCCUGUGCUGACACGACCGUCAAUGAGCUUGUGACCUUUGUGGACAUUGGGGUGGUGGCUGCCAGUUGCUUCAUGUUAAUUCUGCUCUCCUACGCCUGCAUAGUCCGCGCCAUCCUCAAGAUACGCACUGCUGACGGGCGGCGCCGAGCCUUCUCCACCUGCGGCUCCCACCUAACCGUGGUCACAGUCUACUAUGUCCCCUGCAUUUUCACCUACCUCAGGGCUGGCUCCAAGAGUCCCCUGGAUGGGGCAGUGGCUGUGUUUUACACUGUUGUCACUCCAUUACUGAACCCCCUCAUCUAUACCCUGAGGAACCAGGAAGUGAAGUCCGCUCUGAAGAGAAUAACAGCAGGUGGAAAGGCCACCAGAGAAAACAAGUAACUACAGGCCCAGGGACUUCCUGCCUCACCAUUGCUACCACACCUCUCAGCUUCUGCUGCGUGUGGCAAACGUUCAAAAAUAUAUGUUGGCUUAAGCUGAACUGGAUGUAAUUCUACUAAGAAGCUUCUAGUGCUAUAUUUAACCGCAAUAAAUUGGCCAGAGCUGUUUUAUACUUUUCCGAUACACCUCUCAGGAGAAAGCACACUCUACACAAAUGUUGAAUAUGAGGAGUAAUGCCCUAUCUAGGAGGAGGGGGAUUAUUCCAGAAAAAUUGGGGAAUACCAGUAUAAUGCUACCCUACCACCCUCCAUCCAUUGCUUCAGUCAUAAUUUCCCAGGCCUCUAGGCACUUGGAUCGCUUUGCUCACAUCAGGGAGAUGAAUCACCUACCAACAUUCACUUCGGAAUUUUAAGUGAGAAGAAAAUAAACCUCUAAUCCUUUAAAUCAAGGAUUUGUUAAUGGAUUACUUUAUCGCAGGAGCCUUACCUCAUCCUUAUUAAUAUUUCACUCAAUCAGCAAUUUUUUAAAAAUUAGAACCAGGAAAGACUUUCAAACUACAUCUAAAUUGUCCAAAGUAUCCAGAAAAAACUCUUGGCCAAUUAUCAUAAUGCCAAAUAGACAAAGAUCUGGAAGUCACCUGGUUAGUGAUUCAGUGGACCAAUCAGUUAAUCACACAAUAUCCCUCUGACCAGGCCAGGGUGAUAGAAAUGACCUUGACUUACCCACUGUGACCUGUCAUGGUCUUAUCUAGAAGAACAAGAAAAUAUGGAGACAGAGGACUCAGUUGCAAUAUAAGAGAAAGUGUCAAUAGCUCUUUUAGAAAAUGAGGGACCAGGUAAAUGUGUUCUUUCAUUUACUCACAGUUUUUUCACUCAUUUAGAUGUGCGAGGUCAUGCUAGUCCAAUUUUCUUUUGCAGAUAUUUUUUAUUGUGGUAAAAUACACAUAACAGUUACCAUCUUAAUCAUUUUAAGUGUAUCCUUGUGUGGUAUUAAAUACAUUCAUGUUGUUGGCAACCAUCACCACGAUCCAUCCCCAGAACUCCUUUCAUCUUUUAAAACUUAAAAGAUAUGCCCAUUAAACAAUAACCAUCCAUUGUCCCCUUCCCCCAGCCCUGACAACAACCAUUCUACUUUCUGUCUCUAUGAUUUUGACUCUUCUAAGUACUUUAUAUAAGUGGAAUUAUACAAUAGCCAUCUUAUGUUAUUGGCUUGUUUCACUUAGCUUAAUGCCCCCAAGAUUCAUUCAUGUCAUAGCAUACUGCAGAAUCUCCUUCCUUCUUAAGGCUGACUAACAGUCCACUGUAUAUAUAUGCAUGUAUACACACACACGCACACACACACACAUAUAUACAUAUAUAUACAUAUAUAUGUGUAUAUAUCCCAUUUUGUUUAUCCAUUUAUCCAUCAAUGGACUCUGGGAUUGCUUCCAUGUUUCUCUAUUAUGAAUAAUGCUACUGUGACUAUG